CGCAUGCGCGUGAAGAGAACAGGAAGUAACGUUCAGCAUCAUGUCAGUAGAAGACCCAUUUUUCGUUGUGAAAGGAGAGGUGCAGAAGGCCCUCUCUCGUGCUCGGGGGCUGUUUGACAGAUGGGAGGAGCUGCUGCAGGAAGGCACUCAGGUCAGUCGGGAUGAGCUGGACUGGAGUGCCAACGAGCUGAGGAACUGUCUGAGGGCCAUCGACUGGGACCUGGAGGACCUCAGUGAGACCAUCAGUAUCGUGGAGUCGAACCCAGGGAAGUUCAGACUGGGAGACGAUGAGCUCCAGGAGAGGAGAGCCUUCGUGGAGCGCACCAGGACGUCUGUGCAGGAGAUGAAGGAUCAUCUGUCCAGCCCUUCUUCAGUGGCUCAGGCCGAGAAGAAGAACAGAGAGGCUCUUCUGACAUCAUCAGGUCAGGACAAGUCGACGGGACUGGAGUCUCAUCUGGUGUCGGCAAACUCCAGAUACAUGCAGGAGCAACAGGAGCAGCAGCAGCUGAUCAUGGAGGACCAGGACGAGCAGCUGGAGUUGGUGUCUGGCAGCAUCAGAGUCCUCAAAGACAUGUCGGGACGCAUCGGGGACGAGCUGGACGAGCAGGCUGUCAUGUUGGGGGACUUUGGAGACGAGAUGGAUCAGACGUCGUCCCGGAUGGACUCUGUCCUGAAGAAGCUGGAGAAGGUGUCUCACAUGACCAGCAGUCGGAGACAGUGGUGUGCCAUCGGUGUUCUGGUCACCAUAAUGAUCGUCGUCCUCAUCCUGUUCUUCGCUCUCUGAUGGCAGUGACCUCUGACCUCUCUGAUACACUCCUCCCUGAUAGGACGGACUCCUCCUCUGUGCUUUCAGUGAUUCUAGUGAAAGGGAAACAACUUGAGCGGAAGGGGUUUAACGCCCCGGUGCUAUUUCACAUUGGUGCAUUUCGGUUAUAUUUGAAAAUAACGGUACGGUACAAGAAGAAGCUGCUGCUGCUGCCAGGUCAAAAUUAAAAACCUGUUUAGCAAAUCGAGAUAUUUUUACGUCAACUUUUGAAAUGAAGACUCUGUCCUAUAGCAGUCAAAUUAGUUUGGUUGAUAAAUUAGUGAACAUCUUGGGCAGUAGCGGUAGGAAACGGCACUUACACACUUCAGUUCUAGUUCCUUUUAUUUGGGAAAACUACAAAAAAGUGUCUUGUGUUCAUCGUCAUUAUUAAAUCUUUAAUGAUGCUGAACUUUAAUGAACCACAAACAUAUUUGUAUUUUUAAGACAGUGAUAAAUCAGGAUUAAUUAACUGUUAAAUCAAUUAAGAUGCCGUUCUUCGUGCAGCGUGGGAGGGUUAGGGGUUUUUCAGUGUUGCCUUAAAUAUAUUUUUAUAUAUCGUGAAAUGUGCAGUAUGUUUAUGUGCCUACGUGUGAAUCAAGUCCUAGUCAUCAUGCUAAAAAGAAGUGACAGUUCGUCCAGAAUCAGUGAAAUGAGAUGCUGUCUGCUGGACUGGAAGAAGGAAACCAUGCCAGUCCAGCAGACAGCAUCUUAAAAAAAAAAAAAAAACUGAUCAGCAUAUUUCAGUGAGUCAGCUCUGAAAUCAGCAGCAGUCAAAACAAAAGCAUGUAGACUCAUAGUAGCUCGAGGCAGUUCCUCCUUGACACCAGACGCUCUCACACUUUCUCAGCGGACUGCAACGUUUUAUUGGUGAAGUCUGGUCUUGCAGCACUCGAUUGGCAGAGGCUUUGUUCCUCUCAACCUUGUCUGGGAGCGAAUGGGUUUGCUGUGUUUGAUUGAAAAGCUUUAUCUAAGGAGAGGAGGAACAGUUGCUGGGCAGGAAGGCUCGCAGGCGGCUCAGUUUUAGGCUCGCAGCGCCCUCUGCUGGACGCUGAAGGUCAUGGUGGUUCUUUGUGUCAUGUCAGGUUACUCUACCCACGCAAGGGUGUGUUGCAGUGCUGUACAAUGCUUUCUGUAAAUGCACAUUACUCCUGUACAAAGGCUUUAUGCAGAAAUGUAUUUUAAAUCCCGCUUGAUUUGUCUUUUUACUUGUGUUUUUUUGCCUUAAAUGAAAUUAUCAAAUAAGACGUUUAAUGACAUUUCCAUUGCUUUUUUUUUUACCAAAGCAGUCGGAGGUCAGAUGGCCUGUGGAUUUAAUGCAACGGUCUUCUAAUCUUCAUGUGUGCUUUUAAUGUGCUUUUACAUAUUCAUGCUCUCACUCUUUAAAUGCUUCAGUGGGGAAAAUGUCUGCAGCAUAAAUGAACCUCAUGUGGUUUCUGUUCAUGAGUCACUCAGACCUCUGCACAGAGGGAGGAGGUCUGCAGGUACAGGACUCUCAUCAUGGAAGGAUUUAUAUUGUAUUUCCUUAAUGUUCAGGCUCUCUGUUCACAUUUCACUACAUCUAUAUAAACUGUAUGAUACUGUUUCA